AUGAAUAAAAUUAUUUUCCAGGUAUUGGUAUUAUCAGCAUUGCAUACUGCCGCACAAUGCUCUGGAAUCGUCAAUCCGGGAAUCUUACCUGUAGCUGCCAUCCCAGCAAUUCAAAACGGACCUGUUGUCACAGCUGCCAGUUCGCAAUACUUUGAGAGAACUUUCAACCGUUUGGUGGCACCACCCGUGCUAGAACCUGUUAUCCCUGUCGCUGCUCCACCGCCUGUGUUCAUUCAACCAAGCCCCAGCGCGGCUGUACCAGUUGCACCUAUUAACCCGCCAGUCAAUGCACCGAUUCAACCAAACGUCGCUAUAGCCGUGGCGACUGCUCAUGCUGCUGCUCCUGUAGCCACUAUACUUCUCCCACCAUACCCCUUCGGUCCUCCAUCAACUAUUGGUUUCAUACCACCAUCACCACCUAUCAAUGUACCUGAUGAAGAUAGAAAAGAAUCUACGACCGAACCGAAUACAAAAACUGAAAGUAAAACGACUAUAAGAGUACCAGAAACGACUACACAGGUGCCAUCGAAUUCAGAUAACAGUUUCGUUCAAGCGUUACCAUCGAAUGAGAACGUAAAUUUUAAACAGUAUUAUGCACCGCCUCAGUACCCACAGGGGCCUUCCCGACCAAAACCACAAAAGCUGAAGACAUCCGUCGAAGUUGUUCCUGUACCUUUACAAUACAUAUCUCCGCCACCGAUUGUGCAACCUACUCAUGCGUCAAUAAUAAAACAUAUACAUACCUACGUACCAGCCAAGAUUAUUAUUAGACCAGCGUCGCCCUACAGGAUAAGGAAGGUUAGAAGACCAGCUCGACCACAGAUGUACCGAGCACCGUUGACAGCCAGAGUAGGCAUUCCUCAAAUUCCACAAAAUAUUGGAAGGCCUAUUACACGAGACAUUGAACCUACCACUUUUAGACCCUUUAUAAGACCUACUACCAAGCCUCCAAGAGUAUUAUAG